AUGCCGGUCUCAAAAGCAACCAAGAAGUUUGAGAAGAACAAGCUGAGUCAGGUGCUCAAAAAGCGGAAAGAUGUCGCAAAGAUCAAGCAGAGGAAGCAGAUGGACCUGAAGCGCAAGCAACGAAAAGCCUUGGACAAUGCGCCCGCUGACGGUGUCGAGAACGACGCCAGCAAGAAGGCAACAAGCAACGGAACCAAGGAAGAUGCGUUCGGUGAAAUGUCUAUGGACCAAUUCUUCCAGGGCGGUUUCCAAGUGCCCGAAAUGAAAAAGAAGUCCACAAAACCGAAGACGGGAAAGCGCAAGCGGACGCCGGUCGAAGACGGCGCCUCGGACGAUUCAGAUGUCGACCUGGCGGAGGCGGCGGAAGGCGCAGAAGAUGCUGGCUCAGACAGUGAAUCUGGCGAUGACAUGGAGGCACACAAGAAACAGCUAGCAGGGUUGGCAGAAAAGGACCCCGAGUUCUACAAGCACUUGAAGGAACACGACCCAGAACUGCUUGAUUUCGAGGACGACGAUCUGGAGGGGCUUGAGCUCAGUGCCAGCGAGGACGAGAAGACGCCACGAAAGAAGCGCAAGUCGGACAAGGGUGCAAAGGACGACGAAGCCGGAUCAGCGGGCAACGAAGUGACUAAGAAGCUUAUUCAGAAGUGGAAAUCUUCCAUGGAGGAGAGCUCAUCGCUUAGAGCGACGAGAGAGGUCGUGCUUGCUUUUCGGUCUGCUGCCCACCUUGACGAGGAGAAGAAAGAGAAGUAUAAGUAUACCAUAUCGGAUUCAACUGUGUACCACGAGCUUCUCAUUACCGCCUUGAAGCUGAUUCCGAAAGUCCUUCAGCAUCACCUGCCAGUCAAGGAGUCUGCAUCCGGCAGAGUACACUUGUCGACGGACUCCAAGAAGUUCCGCAACCUUGCACCUUUGCUCAAAUCGCACGCAGUCUCAAUAAACCAUCUCCUAGACAAUCUUUCGGACGCUCCUACACAGCGUAUGACGCUUGACUCGCUACUUGCGCUCCUUCCCUAUAUCCUGUCGUUCAAGAAGAUCGUACGAGACGUUGCAAAGACGGUCUCGUCUGUCUGGGCGGAUUCUUCCAACACUGAAGCAACGAGGCUGUCUGCAUUCCUUGUACUUCGCCGACUGGUCGUCAUCUCAGAUGCUGGCAUUCGGGAAGCAGUUCUCAAGCAGACCUACCAAGGUCUUAUUAAGGGUGCCAGAAACACAACAGUGCACAACAUCCAGGGUAUAAAUCUCAUGAAGAAUACUGCCUCUGAGCUAUGGGGCUUGGAUCCCAAUAUCGGUUACACGACAGGCUUCGGUUUCAUUAGACAGCUUGCCGUCCAUUUACGACAAAGCAUUACCAACAAAACGAAGGAUUCUUACAAGACGGUCUACAACUGGCAGUACAUCCACUCGCUAGAUUUCUGGUCGCGAGUAGUCUCCGUGCACUGCGAGUCUCUCCGGGAAGCAGAAUCGGGUAAGCAAUCUGCUCUACGGCCUCUCAUCUACCCCAUCGUCCAGGUCACUCUCGGGGCCAUGCGUCUGAUACCGACGUCGCAAUAUUUCCCUCUUCGCUUCCAGCUCGUUCGCUCCCUCCUCCGCAUAUCGUCCGCUACAUCGACCUACAUCCCGCUCGCCCCAGCCCUGAUAGAGGUACUCAAUUCUGCCGAGAUGAAGAAGAUGCCUAAGCCCAGCACGCUGAAAGCUUUGGACUUCAGCACCAACAUUCGCGCCACCAAAGCCUACUUGCGCACUCGUAUCUACCAAGACGGUGUCGGUGAGCAGGUCGCAGAGCUUCUCUCUGAAUUCUUCGUUCUUUGGAGCAAGAACAUUGCUUUCCCUGAACUCGCGCUCCCGGUCAGCGUCAUGCUCAAGCGCUGGGUGAAGACCAUGGCCAAGAAGUCAAGUGGCAACCGCAACGCCAAGAUCAACUCGCUGCUCGCGCUUUUGGUGCAGAAACUCGAGGCAAACUCAAAGUGGGUAGAAGAGCGGAGAGCGAAGAUCGACUUUGCGCCCAACGACCGCGCGGGUGUGGAAGGCUUCCUCAAGGAAGUGGAGUGGGAGAAGACACCAUUAGGUGCGUUCGUGAUCGGUCAAAGAAAGACGAGGGAGCAGAAGGAAAAGAUCGAAGAGGCGGCGAGGAAGACGCAGGACAAGAAGAGAAGAGAGGCUGAGAAGGCUGAAGCAGAGGAGAACGCGGAGAAGUUCAGUGAUGCCGAGAGCGAGGAAGAAGAUGAGGAAGCAGAGGAGGGGGCAGAUGGGGUUAGCGCGGAGGAUGUUGACGACUCCGAGGAUGAGGAGUAG